AUGGCGUCGUCGCAGGCGAAUCUGGACAAGAUGCAGCUCCGCCAGAGCUACCGCAACCUCUGGCACACCGACCUCCCCAACGCCAUCCAGGCCGACUUCCCCUACUGCUGCCUGUCGCUCUGGUGUGGGCCAUGCGUGUCAUACAUGCUUCGUAAAAGGGCUCUCUACAAUGACAUGUCAAGGUAUACGUGCUGUGCUGGCUAUAUGCCAUGUAGUGGCAAGUGUGGUGAAAGCAAAUGCCCAGAAUUCUGUCUUGCAACUGAGGUGUUUCUGUGCUUUGGUAAUUCAGUUGCUUCAACCCGCUUCUUGCUUCAAGACGAAUUCAACAUACAGACAACCAAGUGUGAUAACUGCAUCAUUGGUUUCAUGUUCUGCCUUCAACAAGUUGCUUGCAUCUUCUCAAUAGUUGCUGCUAUUGUCGGUAGUGAGGAACUUUCAGAGGCUUCCCAGAUCCUUUCCUGCCUGUCUGAUAUGGUCUACUGCUCGGUUUGCGCCUGUAUGCAGACACAGCACAAGGUUGAAAUGGACAAGAGGGAUGGGAAGUUCGGGCCACAGCCCAUGCAAGUGCCUCCAAUGCAGCAGAUGUCACGCAUCGAUCAGCCUGUCCCUCCACCCGCUGGCUAUGCACCACAACCAGCAUACGGCCAGCCUUAUGGUGCCUACCCACCUCCUCCAGCUCAGGGUUACCCACCGCCGCCAGCUCAAGGCUACCCACCGGCAGGUUACCCGCCAGCAGGUUACCCCCAGGCCCAGGGCAGUUCAUACCCUCCACCCGGUUCGUAUCCCCCACCUGGUUCCUACCCCCCUCAGCAGGGCUACUACGGAAAGUAA